GCGCACUUCCCCUUCACGGUCGCCGCCGCCGCCGCCUCCUCUUUCCGCACCUCCACGCCGGCGCCUCGGAGACGGGCGCGAUUUCCGCUUCCGGGCGGGCGGGCAGGCGGGCGGCUCGGGGCUGCCGGGGAGGGGGAGGGGGCGGCACUUCCGGUCGGGCCCUCGGGUCUCCCCGGAGCGGCGGCGCCUCCUCCGCCUCCUCGGCCUCCUCCCGGCGGAGACCCCGGCGCCGGGUCCCGCGUCUGCCACCCGCCCACGAUGGAGGCCAACCCAGCGGGCAGCGGCGCCGGGGGCGGCGGGACCAGCGGCCUAGGGGGCGAGGACGGGGUGCACUUUCAGAGCUACCCCUUCGACUUCCUGGAGUUCCUCAACCACCAGCGCUUCGAGCCCAUGGAGCUCUACGGGGAGCACGCCAAGGCGGUGGCGGCGCUGCCCUGCGCCCCCGGGCCCCCGCCGCAGCCACCGCCGCAGCCGCCGCCCCCGCAGUAUGACUACCCGCCGCAGUCCACCUUCAAACCUAAGGCCGAGGCACCGUCCUCAUCGUCGUCGUCCUCGUCGUCGUCCUCGUCCUCCUCGUCCUCCUCCUCCUCCCAAGCCAAGAAGCCCGACCCGCCCCUGCCGCCCGCCUUUGGGGCGCCCCCUCCACCGCUCUUUGAUGCCGCCUUCCCGGCCCCCCAGUGGGGCAUCGUCGACCUCUCGGGACACCAGCACCUGUUCGGGAACCUGAAGCGCGGAGGGCCCGCCUCCGGGCCGGGGGUGACGCCGGGGCUGGCUACUCCCGCGGGGACCCCCGGGCCGCUCCCCGCCCCCUCGCAGACGCCGCCGGGACCCGCCGCGGGGGCGGCCUGCGACCCCAGCAAGGACGACAAGGGCUACUUCCGGAGGCUGAAGUACCUGAUGGAGCGGCGCUUCCCCUGCGGCGUGUGCCAGAAGUCCUUCAAGCAGUCCUCGCACCUGGUGCAGCACAUGCUGGUGCACUCGGGCGAGCGGCCGUACGAGUGCGGCGUCUGCGGCCGCACCUACAACCACGUCUCCAGCCUCAUCCGCCACCGCCGCUGCCACAAGGACGUGCCCCCUGCCGCCGGGGGCCCGCCGCAGCCCGGAGCACCGCUGCCGCCUCUGGGCCUGCCCGCGCCCGCUGCCGGAGCCCCGACCGUCGCCCCCACCUCGGCGUCCUCGGGCCCCCCCGCCCCCGCCGCCGACGGCAGUGCCGCCUCCGCCGCCCCCGCGGGGGUGGGGGUCCCCCCUCCGCCGGCGGCGGCGGCGGCGGCGGCGGGGGGCGGCGACGGCCCAUUUGCCUGUACGUUGUGCUGGAAGGUCUUCAAGAAACCCAGCCACCUCCACCAGCACCAGAUCAUCCACACAGGCGAGAAGCCCUUCUCCUGCUCUGUGUGCAGCAAGAGCUUCAACCGCCGGGAGAGCCUCAAGAGGCACGUGAAGACGCACUCGGCGGACCUGCUGCGCCUGCCCUGCGGCAUCUGCGGGAAGGCCUUCCGCGACGCCGCCUACCUGCUCAAGCACCAGGCGGCCCACGCGGGCGCGGGCGCGGCGGGGCCUCGGCCCGUGUACCCCUGCGACCUGUGCGGCAAGUCCUACUCGGCGCCCCAGAGCCUGCUCCGGCACAAGGCGGCCCACGCCGCGCCCACCGCCCCCGACGCGCCCAAGGACGCCGCGGCCUCAGUCCCGCAGCCCCCGCCCACGUUCCCCCCGGGACCCUACCUCUUGCCCCACCCCCCUGCCACAGACAGCGAGAAGGCAGCGGCGGCCGCGGCCGCUGUGGUCUACGGUGCCGUGCCGGUCCCGCUCCUGGGGGCCCACCCGCUGCUGCUCGGCGGCGGCGCCGGGGCCAGCGCGGCCGGAGGCUCCGGCGCCAGCGUCCCGGGAAAGACGUUCUGCUGCGGCAUCUGCGGGCGCGGCUUCGGGCGCCGCGAGACCCUGAAGCGCCACGAGCGCAUCCACACGGGCGAGAAGCCGCACCAGUGUCCGGUGUGUGGCAAGCGCUUCCGCGAGUCCUUCCACCUGAGCAAGCACCACGUGGUGCACACCCGCGAGCGGCCCUACAAGUGUGAGCUCUGCGGCAAGGUCUUUGGCUACCCGCAGAGCCUCACCCGCCACCGCCAGGUGCACCGGCUCCAGCUGCCCUGCGCCCUGGCCGGGGCCGCCGGCCUCCCUGCCACCCAGGGUGCGGCGGGGGCCUGCGGCCCGGGCACCUCGGCCACGUCCGUGGGGGCCGCCGACGGACUGAGCUAUGCCUGCUCGGACUGCGGCGAACACUUCCCGGAUCUCUUCCAUGUCAUGAGCCACAAGGAGGCGCACAUGGCCGAGAAGCCCUAUGGCUGCGACGCCUGCGGCAAGACCUUCGGCUUCAUCGAGAACCUCAUGUGGCACAAGCUGGUCCACCAGGCCGCUCCUGAGCGCCUGCUCCCGCCCGCGCCCGGCGGCCCUCAGCCCUCGGAUGGCUCCGGCAGCAACGAUGCGGCCAGCGUGCUGGACAACGGGCUGGCCGGAGAGGUGGGGGCAGCCGUGGCGGCGCUGGCAGGGGUGUCUGGGGGCGAUGACUCGAGCGGGGCAGCGGUGGCCGGGGGCGGCGGGGGUGCCAGUGCAGGCGCUGAGCGUUUUAGCUGUGCCACCUGUGGCCAGAGCUUCAAGCACUUCCUGGGCCUGGUGACUCACAAGUACGUGCACCUAGUGCGGCGGACCCUGGGCUGCGGCCUCUGUGGCCAAAGCUUCGCGGGCGCCUACGACCUGCUCCUGCAUCGCCGCAGCCACCGGCAGAAGCGGGGCUUCCGCUGCCCGGUGUGCGGCAAGCGCUUCUGGGAGGCGGCCCUGCUGAUGCGCCACCAGCGCUGCCACACGGAGCAGCGGCCCUACCGGUGCGGCGUGUGUGGCCGAGGCUUCCUCCGCUCCUGGUACCUGCGGCAGCACCGCGUGGUGCACACGGGCGAGCGGGCCUUCAAGUGCGGCGUGUGCGCCAAGCGCUUUGCGCAGUCGUCUAGCCUGGCGGAGCAUCGGCGGCUGCACGCCGUGGCCCGGCCCCAGCGCUGCGGCGCCUGCGGCAAGACCUUCCGCUACCGCUCCAACUUGCUGGAGCACCAGCGGCUGCACCUGGGCGAGCGCGCCUACCGCUGCGAGCACUGUGGCAAGGGCUUCUUCUACCUGAGCUCCGUGCUGCGUCACCAGCGCGCGCACGAGCCGCCGCGGCCCGAACUCCGAUGUCCCGCCUGCCUCAAGGCCUUCAAGGAUCCCGGUUACUUCCGUAAGCACCUGGCGGCCCACCAGGGCGGCCGGCCUUUCCGCUGCUCCUCCUGCGGCGAGGGCUUCGCCAACACCUACGGCCUCAAGAAACACCGCCUGGCCCACAAGGCCGAGGGCCUCGGCGGGCCUGGAGCCGGGGCGGGCACCCUGACCGGGAAGGAUACCUGACCGUGGGGGUGGGGUGGGGGGUUCUCCCCGUCCGCUACUCCAAUCAGAUGGCCCCUUCUGGACCCGCCCCCUCCAGGACGCUGAUCAGACUCUUCCGCCUCCUCUCCGUUGCCCCAUCUAUCCUUUGAAACUUCAGACAGACUAGCCUCCUUCAAGGCCCAUGCAAACUCAAGACUGAAUCACUCCCACCUGGACGUCUCUGGCCCUCUCCUCCUCCUCUCCUCGGACGCUGACCUUGAUCCUCCGUCCACCCCCGAUUUGUAACCCUCAUCAGCCCCCCGCCCCAGCCGCAUUCUGUCCCGCAGGGAGCUUGGUGGCGAUGAGUCUGAGCUGCCCCUCCCCUCUUCCCUUGAAACCCGGCUGGACAGUGGAGUAUGAGUGGUUUGGGAGGGCACAUGGGGGGACUGGGUGCUCUUGGUUUGUGGGGGUGGGGGGCGGGGUGGCAGACGCGGCUUGUACAGAGCGGAGAAUAAUAAAUCUUAUCAACGGG